AGAUAUAAACGCCAGGCCUCUUGGCCAUGCUGCACUAUUACCAGACUUCCAACAUCAACAUGAAGUUGGGAGGCCUCCUUCUUCUCGUGACCCUCAUUACUCUCAGCCUCAGGGUACAGGAGCUACACACUGCAGUAAGACCAUUACAACUGCUGGGCACCUGCGCUGAGCUCUGCAGAGGUGACUGGGACUGUGAGCCAGAGGAGCAGUGUGUCAGCAGUGGGUGUAGCAGUAUCUGUGUUGCAAGUUAAGGACAGCUGUUCAUCUCUUUCUGAAGUUUCUACUGGCAAAGGUGUGACUACAGUACUUGGAAGGUCCUGCCCAGAUGAAAGUGGGAGACAUGAAUGGCAACUAUGAGGAGCAUGAAGGGAUGGGAAGAGGAGGUGUUUCUUUUAAUAAAUCAUAACUGUAAAAACAG